AUGCAAUUCUCUACUGUCGCCAUCGUUUCCUCUUUGAUCUUUGUCGGUGCUCAAGCUACCGUCACCUCUUCUAUCACCGAAACAGUGUCUUCUGUGCAAACUGAAACCGUCACUUCUUGUGGUAGUGAAGUCACCAACUGUCCAGCCUCCACCACCACCUCCGGCACUUUGGACGCUUACGGUACCACUUCCACUCCACUUUCUUCCUCCAGUACUACCACUUACGGUACUUUGGACGCUUACGGUACCACUUCUUCUUACUCUAACUACACCACCGCUAACAUUUCUUACACCGGUGGUGCUGCUGGUCCAGUUGCUUCUUCUAACGGCUUGUACGCUUUGGGUGCUGCCGCUGUCUUUGGUGCUGCUGCCAUCAUGGGUCUUUAA